AACUAAUCGGAGCCGCAUACAUGUGUGCAGACCUGAGAAAAUAACUUUCUUAGCUUUACGAAGAGAAUGAGCUUCUUGCUCGACGAUAUCGACCCAAGCGUUAUGGAGGCGGCGCUGUCCCUCGUGGACGAGUUCGCAGGCGAUGCGUUAAGCGCUCGAGACCAAUUCACAGCGUCCACCAGGCAGACAUCACAGGAAGACUGCGUUCAAGCCCAGUUGGCGCGGCGCAACCAAGUCAACGAGAGGAAGAAAAUGUUACGUGCUGCGGGCGUCUACGGCAACUCGAACCACGUACGCAAUAACCGCCGCAUUGAAAUCGCCUACCUUAAAGAGCAACUGGAAAAAUUACAGAUCGAUCUGGAGAUCCUCAAGAAGCAGAAGGGCGAGGACAAGACCAGAACGCGAACGAGAGCUGCUAGAGCAACGCCUUCGCCACGACAAGCCUCACCUCCUCAACAACCAACGGCUCCGGCCAUAGUAGCGACGAACACCCCGACCAUGACGACGGUGUGGGAGAACAUAGCGGACAGCCAACGACGACGACGGAAGAAGGCCGAGUGUGAGAACAUUCGCCUAAAGAUGGUCAUCGAGCACCAACAGAAGGUGGCCGACAAUCUGCGCAACUUGAUUCAAAAGCGCGCGAGUCAACUAGGAGCCGAGUGCUCUUUCUUCACAGAUGUGAACUACACGAACCACCAUGUACUGGACUUGCAAGGUGACGUGGGCGAGUUCCAGAGUUUGUUCCGCCACUUGGAUAAUGCGUAUCAAGAGCUGGACGCCGUGUUUGCAGCAAACGGUCUGAACAACAUGGUGGUGACUCGAAGUGAUGUUCAAGUACGAGACUGCGCGGGCGGCAAGUACGUUGAGUUGUUAUUCAACAAGGUGUUACCAUUCAACCUGCAGGACGCGAGACAAGCUACAUGGGAACAUUUCCGCGGAUCCGAGAAGCACAUGGGCAAUGGCAGUGUGUACGAGAAGACAGCAGAGGAUGUCAACGUGCCCUACACGAUUCUCGAAGACUUCACGAAGGAGAUGCACUCUAACAGUGCUCGGGCAGAUGCAAGCAUGAAACAAGUCGUUAGGCGUCAUGUUGAACCCAACCGUGAUGUUAUUAUCGCAGUCGUGAGUGUUAACCCGGCCGAAUUGAAAAACAAAAGGCUUGGCGGAUUAAAAUACCAAGUUCGAAGCUACGCGGUGACCAAGUGGUCUGCUGCAUCGACACCAGAGCGCGAGGUAUCACAACUGCAGUGCUGUUCGCUCAUUUCAUUCGACGAGGAGACAGUGGCGAAACUCGGGUCUGAUGCCAUCCGAGCACUUACCAAUUUCCUAAUCGUCAGCUUAGCCGCAAAGAUGCAAGGGCACCAAGAUUGCAUCGAGAACGCCCUCAUGGAUCAUGCGCUCCUGACACAACAAGUGCCAUAAAUUGCGCAGGGAUAAAAAAAAACUUUUUUGAAGAAAAAAAAGUAUUUUGUAGCGUGUAAAAUAAUAAGUUUUGGUAUACUAUUGUUGAUGUA